AUGGUGCAGCACACGCUCAGGUGCUUGGUCGUCGGAGCGGGGUCAUCCGGACUCGCGGCGUGCGAGCAGGCGACAGAGGCGGGAUUCGAAGUCGUCUGUCUCGAGGCGAGGCAAGGCGUCGGAGGGGCAUGGCGCUACGAGGACGACCCGGGCAGAUGCGACGUGCACUUCGACGACGAGGGUUGGGCGACCGUGGCGAGCCCCGGCGAGAGCGACGAACGAGGCGCCCCUCCCCCGACACCGAUGUACUCGAGUCUGCGAACAAACGUACCGACCUCGCUCAUGCAGUUUCGUGACCGCCCCUUCCCUCCGACAGUCGGUCUCUUCUGCACCCACGAACAAGUCCAGUCCUACCUCGAGGACUUUGCCCGCCCCUUCCUCCCCCUCAUCCGCUUCAACACCCGCCUCGUCUCUCUCCGCCAUACCCUCCCCUCCGACUCGCUCCCUCCCCACAUUCCACGAAGACGCUGGCUCGCUUCGUACCGCUCGACACUGGAGCAGGACGCCCCGCUCGAGACGGAGACGUUCGAUUGCGUCUUCGUUGCGAACGGGCACUAUGCGCGGCCGUAUAUCCCUUGGACGGAGGGGCUGAAGUCGUGGGAAGGCGAACUACUGCAUGCGAAGUGGUACCGCGAUGCGAAGCAGUUCGAGCAGAAGACCGUCCUCGUCGUUGGCAACUCCGCCUCAGGGUACGACAUCACCCGCGAACUCGCCUCGUCCAUCCACACCCGGCGCCAAUCCUCCCCCUCGGGCCCCCUUCCGAAGAUCUACCAAUCAGCCCGCUCGCCUCCGCAGCUCGGUAUCCCCUGGGACGCGCCGGAUGCGCCGGAGUACUCGAAGGAGGUUAGGACGAAGCCGCCGAUUCGACGGGUGGAGGGUCGGAGAAUAGAGUUUGAGGAUGGGUCGGUCGUCGAGGACGUCGACACGAUCAUCUUCGCGACAGGCUACUUCUUCUCCUUGCCCUUCCUCUCCCCCUCCGACGCGCCCUUCUCCUCCCACCCCCUAACUUACGCCCCUCCACUCCCUUCCUCGCCCGCCCUGCACGGUCCACCAAGCGCAAAAGGCGGCUUGAGGGUGCACAACCUCGAUGAGAGGAUGACCUUCUACUUGCCUGAUCCGACGCUGGCGUUCUUGGGGUUGCCGUACCUCGUCAUUCCCUUCCCCCUCGCGCAACUACAAGCCCGCCUCGCUGCCAAACACUUCUCCUCGACUCUCCCUCGCCCACUCACGUUCCGCCCAGACCCCUCAAUGACCUCUCCCAUGAACCCGGACGAUCAAGACGGCGCACCAGAGUCGAGAAAGACGGUGACGUGGGGUCAUCCCAAGCAGUUCGAUAUGCAUGAUGUUUGGUUGAGUGAGACGGGGGACGUGCAGGAGGACGGAGCGAAGGAGGAGAAGGGAGGGCUGUCGGGUGAGAGGAAGCGGUGGGGGUUGACGAGUGCUGCGGAGCGGGAUUUGAGGAUGGGAGCGAAGGGGUUGAGGAAGGCUGUCCUUGGGUAUUAG